AUGGUCUCCUUCUCGUGCGAAAACUGCGGUGAUGUGCUCACCAAGAAAAAGCUGGACCCGCAUAGAAACCAGUGCUAUGGCGCAUCUUACACCUGCCUCGACUGCAUGGUGCACUUCCCAGGUACCAGCUACAGAACCCAUACGGCCUGCAUAACGGAAGACCAAAAAUACCAGGGCAAACUGUACAAGGAGAAGAAGCCCAAGGGCCAACAGCAGAAGCGCGACAACGACUACCAAAACAACUCACAGGCCCUUACUUCUCACAACGCCUAUGUCGAGGAUGCGUCUGGAGCAGACAAUGCUGUUGCGCUCGUCGAUGCGCCCCCUCGCGCCCCCACUCCGCCGCCCACCGCUCAUUCUCUUGGAUAUCAUGAGCAGGCUGCCCUGCCGCCAGUGAACGUCUUCGACUUCCUUGACAACUCCGCAACACCAAACACCCGCCGAACUGAAUCGCACAUGAUCGAAGACAGCGCACCGCCAGCGUAUGCAGAAACACCCAUGCCUGCAAUCGCAGAUGUCAUGUCCUUCCAGCUGCCAGACGAUGCGUCUUUCGUCCAGCCUAGGUUUGCAUACGGCGAUGAGCCUGUUCGACCGUCAAACGAGCGAUUCGAUUCGUACACCACACCAGCCCCCAAAUCCAAGAAGUCAAAAAAGGACAAGGACGUCGAGACGACUUCCAAGAAGAGCGAACGCAAGCGCAAGCGCUCGCCUGCAGAGCUCGACAUGUCGCUCGUGCGUGCUCAGGACGAGAAAGAUACAAUGAUGGAAGACGCACCUCCCGUGCUUCAUUCUGGCCUCACUGGCGGACUCAACAGACUGCUUGCCCGACCAGAGCUCCCGCCUUCGCCCGACGACUCCGGAGACUUUGCCAACUCCCCACUGAGUCCCAUGAAGCGCGCCAAGCAGGGUACAUCGAAAGCGUUGAUGCGCGCGCAGAGAGACUGGGAGAUCCAGCAGCAGAAAGAGAAGAAGGCGGAUAUCAAGGAAGAGAGGGAGCGCCAGAAGGGCGAGAAGAAAGGAGACAAGAAGGAAAAGAAGGAGAAAGAGAGGGGUCGUGAGAAGGAGCGUAAGGAGCGCAAAGCUAGCACAGCACUUGUCAAGAUCAGACCGAAGAAGAGGAAGGACGAGUCCACCCAGGUCAGACGUCGUCGCCAGUACUCUUCGUCGGUGUCGCCCGCGCCACGAGAGCGUAAGCCCAAGGCCAUUGAGUACAGUCGAUCGACCUCGGGCUCGCCGGCUCCAGAUGGCAACGGCCAGCUUGUGGUACGUCCUCAAGCUGGUGAGCUUGCUCUGCCCAUCAGCACGCGGGCUGAGUUGUUCAUGUCUUUCAUCAACAAGGGUCCCGAAUCUGAGCGAGGCGUGAGCGUCAACAAAGCUCUAAAGAGGUAUCACCGCGAGCGCCACGAACGACGAGAAGACGAUCUGCACAAAGCAGACGACGAGAAGGAGCUCUGGAAAGACAUGCGCCUUAGGAAGAAUGACAGAGGCGAGAUUGUCCUUUUCUUCGCCCCCGAGUCGUCCUGA